UCAACAGGUGCUGAGAAACAAUAACUGUGUGGUCAUAUUUCCCAAGCACUAGUCUUGGAGGAAGCAAUGCUUUACUCAGUGUUGGAUCUUGAAGAUUUUGAAAGCCCCUGAAGAAAAGAGAUGGAUGCCCGAUGUCUAUCACUUCUUUUGCUCCUUGGACCAGCUAUCCUGGUUCAAUGUUCCGAUUAUGAAACUCGUCUGUUUUCGGAUUUGUUCAGUAACUAUAAGAAGGCUGUCCGCCCAGUCAGCAACCAUACUGAACCCGUUAGAGUCACUGUUGGACUGCAGCUUAUCCAACUGAUCAAUGUGGAUGAAGUGAAUCAAAUUGUAACAACCAAUGUGCGUCUGAAACAGCAAUGGAUGGAUGUAAAUUUGAAAUGGAAGCCAGAAGAUUAUGGUGGUGUGAAACAAAUUCGUAUCCCAUCAGAAGAUAUCUGGCGCCCAGAUUUAGUUUUAUAUAACAAUGCAGAUGGCGAUUUUGCUAUUAAUAAGUUUACCAAAGUCCUUUUGAACUAUACAGGCUACAUCACAUGGACACCUCCAGCCAUCUUUAAAAGCUACUGUGAAAUCAUAGUCACCCACUUUCCAUUUGAUGAGCAAAACUGCAGCAUGAAGUUGGGUACAUGGACCUACGAUGGCACUGUGGUUGUCAUCAACCCGGAAAGUGAGCGCCCAGACCUGAGUAACUACAUGGGCAGUGGAGAGUGGAUCAUGAAAGAGUACCGAGGCUGGAAGCAUGAGGUUACCUAUGCCUGUUGCCCUGACACUCCAUAUCUAGAUAUCACCUAUCAUUUUGUGAUGCAGCGUUUGCCUCUCUACUUCAUUGUCAACGUCAUUAUUCCUUGCCUCCUCUUCUCAUUCCUAACAGGAUUAGUGUUUUAUCUGCCUACAGAUUCCGGUGAGAAAAUGACCCUGAGCAUCUCUGUCCUGCUUUCUUUGACUGUGUUCCUCCUGGUCAUUGUGGAGCUAAUUCCAUCAACCUCCAGCGCAGUGCCACUGAUUGGCAAAUACAUGUUGUUUACUAUGGUGUUUGUCAUCGCUUCCAUCGUCAUUACUGUAAUUGUGAUCAAUACCCACCACCGCUCUCCAAGCACCCACACUAUGCCUCAAUGGGUGAGAAAGGUUUUUAUCGACACAAUUCCAAACCUCAUGUUUUUCUCAACAAUGAAGCGGCCUUCCAAAAACAAGCAGGAGAAAAAGAUUUUUACUGAAGACAUAGACAUUUCUGAAAUCUCUGGAAAACAAGGUCCAGCUGCUGUGAAUUUCCAGUCAUCGCUCAUCAAAAACCCAGAUGUUAAAAGUGCUAUUGAGGGCAUCAAAUACAUUGCUGAAACAAUGAAAUCAGACCAAGAGUCCAACAAUGCUGCAGAAGAAUGGAAGUUUGUUGCUAUGGUGGUUGACCACCUUCUCCUUGGCAUCUUCAUGUUAGUUUGCAUCAUUGGAACUCUGGCUGUUUUUGCUGGUCGCCUCAUUGAAUUACACCAGCAAGGGUAAAAACAGGAAGCCCAGUGAAAGAGCAUGGCUUGGAUCCUAAUAAAGCAAGUUAACUUCAGGAAGUAUGCAGAAGAAAAGUUUCCUGUAUCCCACCCAACCCCCCCCCCCCCCCACACACACACACACACUCCUUUCCCCCUGCAAAAGGCAUUCAGGUGAGAGAGGUCUUUAAAGUCAGGAUGACAAGACACAAAACCUUCCUUCCAUGAAAGCCCUUAAAUUAACGCAUGGCAUGAACCAGCCUAAAGUGAAGCCCUUAUAUUUUAAUGGCUACUCACAUGUUAUCAUUCUGUGUCCUCUCCUUAGACACACAGUAUUAACAUUUUGGAAGAAAUAGAUCUAAUAGGCAUAAAUCUGGACAUCACAUUUUGAAUGUUGUUUGUGAUACUUUAAAGAAAGAUAAUUACUUCAGCUAAAUGCUGAAGAAUAUGGAUGUGUUUUCACCGCUGCAGCUGGUUGGAGAACAGAAUGAGAAUCAUUGUCGUUCUAAUUAAAUCACUAAGUGAAUGAGCCUAGGAGGCAGUGGAUUUUUAUUGUUUAGGGUAUUUAAAAGCAUGCUCUACAGUUUUGUAUUGUUGUUAUUAUUGCAUCCCUUCAAGUCAGUUCUGACUUAUGGCUAUCCUAUCAUGGGAUUUCUUGGGUUUUUAAAGGGAGGUUGCCCUUGCAAUCCUCUAAGGGUGAGAGAAUGUGAAUUUUCCAAGAUGUAAAUGCCACUUGUUCAUCUGUAGUGUCUAGCAAUUUAGUACAAAGAACCUUGUGCCUUGCCCAUGAUCGAAUGGCAGACCAUUAAAUGAGUUAAUAGAAUCAUAGACCCAUAGAGUUGGAAGAGACCUCAAUGGCCAUCCAGUCCAACCCC